AUGUUAGCAAAACCAAAAGAAAACGCUGUUGGAAAUGUUAGUGCCAAGAGCGGAGAGGGGCAUCGGGCAGAUCUCAUUCCUGGGAGAGCACAUAUCAUGGUCUGCGGCACAUUGGCGGGCCUGGAGUUGAGAGACAAGGGAGAUGAGGUCAGGGUCGAAGAGCUACCGACCACUGGACCGGAUCUGGAAUACUGCAAACAUAUAGAAAAAGAGCCAGCGAAAAUUGGAAAUCGUGAGAUACAUAAUACUGCUCUACAAUUCCAAUACGAAAACCGAAUGGAAGAAUGGACGUUUCACGAAUCGACAGAUACAAACAACAACUGGCUAUCC